AUGCUGCAGAAUUCGAACCUCGGUCGCACGUUUCUCUUCCUGACCGAGCUGGCGUGGAAAAAUCGUGUCGCCCUGCCAGCACUCAUCAUGGUCGGUUGCAUGGUUUUUAAUUUCCGCUGGGAGAUCGAAAUUAAUAUCCACACGGAGCGCAUCGCACUGCAGGAUCUGCCCGGUCGCCCGUACGUGGGUGGUGCCUUCGGUGGGAUUGCGAUCGAAGGCCUGGACUACACCGACGAUGAGGACGACGACGAGGACGACGAUGACGAGCAAGACAAUGAGUACUACGAUACCGAUUACGACGAGGAGGAGGACGAUGACAGUUUCGAGGAGGACGAUGAUUUGUACUACUCGUCCUACGACGAGGAUGACGAAGAUGGUGGUAACGACGGGGGGUUGGGCGGUACGUUGAAUGGAAUGAUUCGAAUUAAUCGGUAUGCCGUAGUAAAUUUUCACAAUGCCCGUAGGUAG